UAAGGACGAGGUCACGUGACGGACCGACGCCUUGCGCUGCAGCGGUCAGCGAGUGCAAGUGUGCGAUAACAGCAGCAGCGGCUCUGUCUGGAGCUCACACUGUACAUUACAGAAGCCCCCUCCUCUGGAAGACGGUGUUUCUCCCAUUAUGGGCGACAAGAAAAGCCCAUCCAGGCCAAAAAGACAAGCCAAGCCCUCUGCAGACAACGGAUUUUGGGACUGUAGCGUCUGCACCUUCAAAAACAGUGCAGAGGCAUUCAAAUGCAGUAUAUGUGAUGUGCGGAAAGGUACAUCUACAAGAAAACCUAGGAUAAACUCUCAACUCGUGGCACAGCAGGUCGCUCAACAGUACGCCGCCCCACCCCCAGCCAAGAAAGAAAGAAGGGAAAGAACAGACAGAGACCUGCCUGACGACGACCACUUCGACAUGGACAACUCCGACUCAGAUAGACUCAGCAGUCUCCAUCCUGACUCCGACCAUCCCGAGAGAUUAGGUCUGGAUGGAGUUCAGCUGGACCGUGGACAUUGUCACAAGGAUCGGAGACAGGAACGUGGUCUAGACAAACCGCAGCCGCUCCAUACAGACAGGAGGCCUGAAAGAGCAGGACUGACCCCAGACUUGCUGCAGCAGCAACAGCAGCAACAACAGCAACAGCAGCAGCAGCAGCAGCAGCCGCAGCCGCCACAGCAGCCACUCAACAGAACAGAUAGAGAGCACACGGACAGAGCAAUGCUGGACAAACUUCAGCCUCACAGAGAGCACAUGGAUAAAGAUCAUCCGCACACGACAGGCUCUGGGAUGCAGCCGGCGGAGAGGAUGGGUGCAGAGAGAGAGGAGCUCAAAAAAGGAAAAAUAGAGAGAGCCAUGAUGGAGAAACACAAAGAGAGACCGAAAAGCCUCACGCCCAGUAAAAAACCCACUGCUAAGAAGAUAAAAAAAAUGAAUGGGAAAAAUACUGCUGGAACCAAGGCCACUGAGAUGUGGAUGGCCACUGUUGCACUCCAUAAAAGGCCCAAACUCAUUCAGAAAGGUCCGGCUGGGGAAAGUAACGGCAUGAAGGCUGGCAAGUCUGUCACGAAGAAUAACAAAUCUAUAAUUUCACGACCUAAGCUGAAGAACGUGGACAGGAGCUCGGCUCAGCAGCUCGCUAUAACGGUGGGCAAUGUGACUGUCAUCAUCACAGACUUUAAGGAGAAGACUCGCUCGUCCUCCACCUCCUCCUCCACUGUCACCUCCAGCGCUGGCUCUGAGCAGCAGCACCUGAGCUCCAGCUCAGAGAGCACGGACAAGGGGUCAUCCCGCGCCUCCACCCCCAGAAGAGACCAUUCUUCUGGGCACAAUGAGACCAUGUGAAGGGGAAGAGAUUCAGACACCGCAAUCUCACUUGGCGAGGCCCGGAGCUCCUACAGCCACACUCGUAACUGUACAUGGAAGAGGGAUCUUUCCAACCCAUUCAGACAAUGUCCAUCUUGACACGUCGGCAGAAGCGUACCUGUCGAAAAACCCUCGUGGAGCACCUUGUAGAUUGAUGUGUUGAUGUUCACGUGAGUCACUGUCACGCCGAGACCCACUGUAUAUUCUGUGCCCUGCUCCUUCCAGAUAUAAUCCAUGUUUGUGCACCACGGAUAUCAGCGCUCCCAAGUUUGCAUUAUUAUCGUUCAUUGUCAUUAAAUCGUGCAGACGGCUGUUUUGACUUUGUGUUUAGAACGUAGAAUCGUUUAUGCUAAAUGUACAGUAUCUGAGCUCAUUCGUCCAUCUCGCAGACAGCUCCGAGUCAACGAUCCGUUGCUGCGGCUGUUUGUAGAAAGCGAGUUCUCGACCGUAAGAUCACGCUAGACCACCGUGUACAGGGAGAUUUGUUCCCUUAUAAUUUCAUAUGACAAACUCUUGUGUGUUUACAUGGUGGAAACACAAACUGUGAUGAUGUGAGUUUACAGUAUUAUAAAUACAAGGCCAACUUUGAAAUCCAUACGGUGUACCAUGUAGACAUGUUUUGUGGUUCACAAGAUGAUGAUAAGAGAGUAUUUAGAAUAUUGUUCUUUAUCUUGCUCUGUUUUUAGACUUUAAACCUUUGCAUAUUUCUUGUAAAAUUCUAUCAAGAUUCACAGUACUGUCUAUUAUUCAACUUCAUGGCGACGGAAGUGCGGAGAAAGAAACCGGCAGUUGUUGAAAUAUGAAGCAGCUUAUCUAUUUGUGAGAUUUCAUACAGUAUAUUUACAGUUUACCAAGAUCUCUACUGAAAAUUGGAAAAUACACCCAAUAUAGCAUUGUGUUGUAAAAAUUGGCUUCUUCUCGCCCAUAAGGACGAUUUGCACAGGUUUACACAUUCAUUCUGACCUUUGUUUAAAACCUAGAAGCUUAUGAAGCUAAUAAAAUCCUUCUGAAACUC